GGGCGUACUAGGCCAAACCCGAUAUCAAAAUGGUGUCACUCAAAAUACAUUUAUUAGCGACGAUUAUGUUAAUAUCUAAGGCUUACAGUCAAGUUGCCACUGGUGGGGGAAGUCCACAGCGAUACGGAUCGGUGACGCCUUCCAUCGUCCCCGGGGGCCAGUUCAUCGUGCCCGCCAUUAUCAAACCCCUUCUGCCCUCGUGCCAAGCCGCCGCGCCUGCGCAGCCUGCGCCCUGCGCGCCUAAGAAGCAAGUGCCGGCAGCCCCUAGCGCGCCCUACGCCGACGAGGACGAUGACAAUGAACUGGACAAACUCCUAUACCUCCUCAUCAGUAACAUAAUCGAGAGCAAAAAAGGCUCAGGAAAAAAGCAGAGCAACCCCAGUAGCAUAUUUGAGAGCAGCGCAUGCCCGAGCGACGGGUACGAUGACUACGACUAUUGCUCGUACUCCCCCUCCGUGCUCUACAGCUCGGCCAGCAACAGCGAAGGUAGCGAUAGAUCUUGUCCCGAGAUACGUGUGUUUGUCAGACCGGUUCAAUCAGCCAACGCUGAUUGUUAAAUAAGUUUCAAAUACUAGAAAAAAAUUAAAUACAUGUAUUUUAUUCAUAAAUCCA